CAGCAUCAGCAGUCUUGUAUGUGGAUCCUUGACUAGAGGACCGCAGCAGCAUCAGCCGUAGGAUACAUCCCAGACCACACUGGCCGAGCAACAUGGUCUUCAUGAGAAUCGUUGCCUGCCUUUGCCUGCUGCUGGUGGGCUUCUCGCUCCAGGUAGACGUGAAAAGUGGGCAGGAGGCAGGAAAAGCCGGGAAUUUUAUGGACGAUGAGCAAUGGCUGUCAACCAUCUCCCAGUACAGCCGUAAGAUCAAGCACUGGAAUCGCUUCAGAGACGAAGUCGAGGAUGACUACAUCAAAAACAUGGAGGAGAACAUGGGUUCUGACGAAACUGUGGACACCACCAAGGACCCGUGCCAGAAUGUGAAGUGCAGCCGCCAUAAGGUCUGUGUCGCUCAGGGCUACCAGAGGGCCAUGUGUGUCAAUCGCAAGAAACUGGAGCACAGAGUCAAACAGUCAGGGCAGCUGGAGGCCCAUGACAGCAGCUGCAAGUCGUGCUCUGCGGCUGCCUCCUCACCUGUAUGUGGCUCUGAUGGACACAACUAUGCCUCUGAGUGUAAGCUGGAGCAGCAGGCCUGCCUCACAGGCAAAGACCUGAACAUCAUGUGCACCGGCUUUUGCCCCUGUGCUACAACCCCUGAUACAGUCAGAAAUACUGACACUAAACGUGAGAGCUGCACUGGCCAGGACCUGGCAGACCUGGGCGACCGCCUGAGAGACUGGUUCCAGCUCCUUCAUGGAAAUGCAAAGCACAAUAACUCUGGCAAACUCCGAGCUGGCACCAUUUCAGCACUGGAGAAGAGCGUGGUAGCCAGCUGCAAGGACUCCAUCGGCUGGAUGUUCUCAAAGCUGGACACCAACAGUGACCUAUAUCUGGACCAGGCUGAGCUGGCUGCUAUUAAUCUGGACAAGUACGAGGUCUGCAUUCGGCCCUUCUUUAACUCCUGCGACAGCUACAAAGAUGGGAAGGUCUCUACAGCAGAAUGGUGCCUCUGCUUCUGGAGAGAAAAGCCACCGUGCCUGGCUGAGCUGGAUAGGAUCCAGGUGCAAGCAGCGGCCGAGAAGAUGCCUGGGAUGUACAUCCCCAGCUGUGACGAGGACGGCUACUACAGGAAAGCGCAGUGUGACCAGAGCCGAGGGGAAUGCUGGUGUGUCGACCAGCACGGUGGAGAGAUGAUGGGCACGAGAAUCCAUGGCAACCCUGACUGCGAUGAAGUGGCAGGAUAUUCUGGAGAUUUUGGGAGUGGAGUGGGAUGGGAGGAUGAUGAGGAGAAGGAGGCAGAGGACAACGGGGAGGAGGCGGAAGAGGAGGAAGAGGAGGAGGGCGAGGCAGAUGAUGGAGGAUACAUCUGGUAGAACGUUCUAACCCUGCGUGGAGAGCCGAGUCACAGCUGCUGGCCUGAAAAUCUACAGGUAUGGCUCUUUCCUUAUAGCAAAAGUUUCAGAGAUCGGACUGGGGAGGCAUUGUGUUUCAUCCUGGUGGAAUAUAUUGUGGUGGGCAGGUUCAUUCAUGAGACGAUGCCUAGUUUUCGUCUUAGAUAUGUGUAAUUGCUUCAUUCUCUUCUCUGUCUUUUGAGCAACAGAGCUUUUUUGUUUUGCCAUCCGGAAAAGCAGGACCCACUGACUAUUGCGUCAUAGGUAGCUAAGUCCAUCAGAACUCCUAUCUUGUCUGACUGCCAUCUAUGCAUAUAGAAAUUACCUGUAAUUUUGUACUGUGUAAACAAUUGCUUGAGUAUUAGAGCCGCCGUCCCACUGAAAUUUAAAGGAGUAGUUCAACAUUUUGGAUAAUAUACUUGCUUGUGUUUUUGAGAGCUAGAUGAGAAGAUUGCCUGACAUGUUAAAUAGGGCGCUAGAGCUAGGAGAUGGUUAUCUUAGCUCAGCAUAAAGACAGGAAACAACAGGAGUCAGCUACUUAACACAGUAUGCAGACAAAUCUUUAACAUCACACUUAUAACUUGUUUGUUUAAGCUUUAAAAACCACAGUACAAAAAGUUUAUGAAGAGGUAUGUGGCAGACUGUCUAGGAAGUCACUGCACCAGGAAAAGAAAGUCUGGCACAUAAAAAUACAAACAGCUGUUUUUAGACUUUUUGUAAAGAUUAAAUAAACAAGAUAAACAAAAUUGUCUUUAUUAGUGAGCUUUACAGGAGUUGGGAGGCAGAUUUUGUUACCUAUGGACAGAACCAAGCUAACUGUCUCCCAUUGCCACUGUUUAAAGCAGCUGUAAUCAAUAUUUUUACAAUAACACUGCAUCACGUGAGAAUGUAAACAUUGUUGUUCGCAGUGAUUAACCCAUAGAGAAUUAUCACCCGAAUCUGCAUCUCUGUUCAGCUUCAGCUGAUUUUGCUGUGCAGACAACUUUGGCUCACUCUCGCCACUCUCAUAGUGUUGUUUUCAUUCACAACAAGCAGCUGUUUUCAGUGAAAAGUUAGAGACCAGCUGGUGAACAUUGUGGCACAUUUAACAGUUAAAGAGACAGAUAUUUGCCUCAGGAAACUGUAGAGACCGAAACAGAGCUAAAAGAGAGUAAAUAUUGGACUUAAAUUUGUUAGGUGGACACAAAUCUGACUCAAAAUGAAUGUGUAAAUAAGCAACUGUUUGCCAUUUAAACGUUACAGUUGAUUUGACACUUGUGUUCACAACUUGUUUCUCAUCUGUCUCUCAGCAAGAAAGCAAAAUGUUAAACUAUUCUUUUGAAGCAGUUCAGUACAAUGUGGUUAUGUAUUUCCAGACUGAUUCUGUAUAUAUAAAUCCAGUGUAAAUGAUCUGUGAUGCAAGUAUUUCAGGUUACUAUGUUAUCAGACUGCCUUUAUGAGAAACGUGUACCACAGCUCAUAGCCGUUUUUAUAUUAAGUGGAUACAUAUAACUAUACAGGACAUGGUUUUAUAAUUGGAUUACUUUUACUGAAAACUUGUAGAAUGUACUUCAGUGGCCCAACUGCACCUACAGUAGAUAUCACUGGUCGCUCUCCACUAUUAACUCUAAAAUCAUGUCAAAGAAUGUGCCACAAAUAUGUCUUAUUUUGUUUGCAAUUUGAAAAUCUGUAUUUUGUGUUUAUAAAAAAAAUGUGUGCAUUACUUGAAGUUCUGUGUGUAUACUUGAAUUCACAUUGUAAUUUCUUUUCUAUGAGACAUUGUUGCCAUGUCUUUAUUCAUGUUAUUGACAGGCCAGACAGUUGUUUUUAGUAUUGCAUGUUAGUAAAUAAGAAUGUACUUCUAGGCACUUUACUACUAAUAAAGGGACUGGA